AUGUCUGUGCCACGAGCAUACCGUAAUUAUGUCAAUCUGGGCAGACUGUACAGCAUGCCACCAUACGCUAUCACACCUUCCCGUGGCUUAGUCAGGUCGCGUAAUACUGUAAAUCUGGGCAACCUAUACGCAUCCAGCAGGUCUCUGACCCCGCCAGGAUGGGCUUAUUUUGACGAUGGCUCCGUCUUCAUACUUCCAGCCAGAUGGUUGCCUCAUGAUGUGUUCGAGGCCCGCAUGAAAAUUGCUGCCCAUUUUGUGAGCGAGCCGACACCCAAGAUGCAGGAGAUGAGGCACAAUGAUCAGCGGCGAAAGCGCUGCAUCAUAAUCAACAAGAACGGGAGGGAGGUGCGCGAAAACAUAUAUCGCCUCGUUGCCCGCAACGCACAAGACUUACAAAGUCUUUCUGUAGCCGAUUCGCCUUUCGAAAACGUCCAACUCCAACUUGAUCCCACAGGAAGUCGACCAGUCUCCGCACGCUUCAGCGACGCGAUGCCAUUCAAACAGAAACAUAGGGCGCGGAACAGCGAAGCACUAGAAACGUUUAGAGGCACACUUAUCGACGGUGUUUUGCAGCCAAACGUGCGCCUGGGAAACGGCCUGCGCCUGUCGAACAACUACGACUUCUUGGACCCAGAAAGCACAGAGAGGGGCACGAAAGCUACUAAACGACCAAAAGGUGUGGCUCCACCUCCAGAACCACUUGAGAAGCCGUUGUCCCAGUCAGACGUGCGUUCCUCGCGGAAGCGCCCACUGGCCCCGGAAUCAGACAGGCCCCGGCUUCUAACCCGAUCUCCGUCUCGACUACUUCCACGUUCACGCGACCUCGAGCGCCGGGAGGCUCAAAUAGCCGAAAGAGAGCGAGAACUUUUACAGAUACAGCAGCGGCUUCUGCUUCAGACUGUGCGGAGCCAACGAUCUCUAUCCCGUCGGGACCGACCCGUACGAUCCCCGCCACGAGAGUAUAAUACUCAACACGACCAUCGAAGACAACGACCAACUAGUGCACACAUUGAUGAUGACUCUACUUCAAAGAUUGCAGAUAUCGAGGCACGAGAACGGGCCCUUCAACAGCAAGAAGAGUUGUUACGGUACAAACGAAAGGCUUGGCUUCUAGAACAGAAGCUCGCUCAGGCUACCGGACGUCCUCCGUCUAAGCGCGUGCCUAGUCAUCGCGAUGUGGGUGUGGAAGAGUACAACGCACCAUCUCCUCACGAGCCUCGACUUGAUCAAGGAACUGCCAUGUCAAACCCGCAGUACGAUCUAUCGGAUGGUGAUACAUCCCCUGGCCACGACCUCGGCGACAUAUCUCCACCAGACGCCCUCCAGAGCCUUCGGUCUCGCAUUCAGCUACCAACCAGAGGCAAGCUACGUUCAAACCAAGGCCCACGGCGUGGCUGA